AUGUCCGGAGAAGCUUCCACGUCUUCUCUGACGGUGGCAGAGCCAGAGAUCAUCGACUUGACUGGACUAGACGAAGAAGACUCUGACCAAAAUGAUCAAGAAGACGGUUAUCAAGAAGACGGUUCAGACGAUGAAGAUUCGGAACACUUCUCUGACGAUUCCAACGAUUCAGCAGAGGUUCAAAUCAACAGAGACUCCCGCACAAGAUUAUACCUUGCACUGGCAGCCAUUUCAGAAACUCAAAUCCGCUCAAUACUAAAUCAACUUAUCGAACAGGUGCCUGCUGUGGAGUACGCUCUAACUAGGGAGCUUGUUACUUUGAAACGAAAGCUCAAUCAUGAUUAUGAACGGCAUAUUGAAAGGUGUAAAAAUUGCCAUGAGGAAUUUGAUACACAGACGAAAAGAAGUGAUACGGAAUGUUCCUUUCAUCCUGGUUCUUUGAAACCCAACUGGAACAGCUUUCCAGACUGGGAUGAAGAUGCUCAUGGACCUAUCGACGCCGAGGAAACUCGAAGAGAAUACCCUGAAAAUUUCAUGUGGUCCUGCUGUAAAGAAGACGGUGAAAGCGAAGGCUGUGUGCAUGGUGCUCAUCAGUCUGCCAACCCUUACAAGAAGGCGCGGGUUGCUGCAUAG